AUGCAGAAACGGGCUACGACCAUGCCCUUACACCAUCCGUCAAAUCGACCCCCUCCCCUCCACAUCGAUUCGAGCGGACGCUCUAUAUCCGGCGUUGUAGACGCCAAAAACCCUAAAACACCCGGUCACAAAAUCAGCUCUUUUUUUGGCUGGCGAGGCACCAUUACUACGUCACCUGGUGCAGAGUCAUCGAGCACUGAAGUCUCAGAUCUGGGUCAUUCUCCGCUCCCAUCCCCAAUGCCUCCUUCCUUACCCAGUGCGGUAACGCCGUCCACGACGGUGCCCUUCGAUGCCUCAAAGGGCUUCCCGCCGCGCAAUCCGUCCCUGAGUAGUGCAAGUAUCUUGGAAACAGGACCUUCCACGGCGCAUGUGGCUGAACUCGAAAAUGAACUCCGGGAAAUCAGUUCUGAGUUGGCUGGCUCCAUCCGGCGGGAGAUGGAGUUGGAGGACUUGGUAGAAAGGCUUCAAUCGGAAUUGCCUUUGGACAACGGAAAUCAACGUACCAGUGACUAUUUCUCUGACUCGGGUACCAGCUCCAUUCGCCUGGUGUAUGAUGGGCGGAUUGACGAUGUUGAAAAAUAUCGGCGGGCAUCGGAGCAGGAACGGGCUCAAUUGAAAGUAGAUUUAACGCAGAGAUGGCAAGAGGAGCGGGCUCGCCGCGCAGCGGCAGAUUCACAUGUACAGAUACUGGAAUCACAAGUACAUCAGCUCCGGCGAGAGAGAGUUGACCUCUCCGAUCUGUCUUCUCGGACAAAAGAACUCGAGGGUGCUCUGGAAGCCACUCGCAGAAAAUUGGCGGAAGAGCGACAGAUCAAAGACAAUUUUGAAGAUUUGCUCACGGCCAUGCGAGUAGAAUUGGAGCAGAUUCGAAAUGAGCGGGAUCACCUUCGUGACCACAUGGUUCCAGAAUUGAAAAAUAGCGCAGCAUCUUCAUCUGAUGCCACGGAGGUUCAGCGAUUGUUGGAAGAGCUUGAAGCUCUGAAGAUUGAGAAUGCUGCGCUAGCGCAACUACAAGGAGGCCGAUUUGCUACCAUAUCGGAGGACAAUGAAACUCCUAGUAGCAAGAGGAACUCUGCAGGGGGGUUAUCGCGCUCCAGCUCAUUGGCUCGGAUGCAUUCAAAGCCUACCAUACGGACAGGACUGUCCCGUUCCAACUCUCUGUCGCAGUCAAGCCCAGUCACUCCCAAGGGUGUUGACACCCGGGAAUCCAUGGCGGAUCGGGUGGAGAGUGUUGAAGCACAGCGAGAUGCACUUCACCACGCCCUUCGGCGCCUGCUCGACCGUCAAGCUUACGAAGCUCGAGAAUACGAGAAGCGUAUCCGGGCCAUGGAGCUAGAGCUUGUUCACGCACAGCAAAUAGGCUCUCCACGCAAACUGGGUUACGAGAGAGAAGUCCGUAACCUGAGAGAGGAAGUCAACCAUCUCCGGCAACGUGCCGAAGAGGCGUUGGAUCAGAAAUGGCAGUGCGAAAAGGGAUUGGCAGGGCUUAAGAUGGACCUUGACCGUGCUGAGCAGGAGACCACAUCCCUUCGUGUAUUGCUGCAAGAACACGAUAUCACCGUUCCAGAAGGCCUCGGAGCUGACCAAGAGGGAUUUGCUGAGGUACUAGCCACAUCGUCAUCAUUAGAGUCCGCAUAUAAGCAGCUCCAGGCUGAACGGGAGCAAGCUGAAGCAAGCGCCGUUCAGUCGCCUCAGGAAGAACAUGGCCAGCUAGCAGCCUCGGUUAGUCGGACGGAAAGCCUUUCGCAGCAUGUGCAGAAACAGCUCGAGAGGAACAACGCGUUGCGCAACCGUUUGGCAGACGCUAUCGGCAAAGGUGAAAAAGAGCAACAGCUUUCUGUGGUUCGGAUCAAUGAAAUGCAGGCGCGUCUCAAAGAGCUGGAAGACACCCUUUUGAUAGCUCAACAACACGCCGAGGAAGAAAUGGCCCGGCACGAAGAAGAGAUUCAAAAGCUGAAUGAAAGCCACAACGCUCAGUUAUCACGGAUGAAGAACGGUGCUCGUAGCCCCGCCGGCUUGUCCCCCAUGCCUCCUUCAUCACCCUUCGUUGCCCGCUCUCCCCGCUUAGAUAAAACCACUAGCGGCGAUGGAAUUUCGCUGAAUCAGGCCGUAAAGCCGGAGGCCCUGGAGCGGCGGGUGAAAGAACUUGAAAGACUUCUCCGCGACGCCGAUAUGGAGAUGGGAGAAGUAGUUAGCCGCAUGAACCGUGCGCAAAUCGAAGUGGCUGAGCUUCAGUCUGACCGUGACGAGGCACUUCGCCAAACUCGGAAACUGCAGGCUGAGAUUCAGGCUGAGCGGGAAGCCUUCAAGGCCCUACAGGGCUGA